UUUAAAAUCAAACAAGAUUGUGAAAUUGACCUGUAGUGGAAUUCCUUGUUAAACUUUCUUAUUUCAGCUAAUGGAACUGCAAUUCCUGCCUAAUUCUGCACCUCAUAAAGAGGAUGCGCUCAUGAAAACUGCCCCUCAUGAAGAAGAGGCCCUCACGAACAAUGCCCCUCAGGAAGAUAAGGUUACCGAAGAAAUGGAUCCAUGGGAUCCUCCCCUUCCUCCACGUGCUCCUGGUCCUCCUGUUGCUGACCUGGCUGUCCACAUGGAUUUAAUCAACGAGUGGAUGGCGCAGACACGGGCAAUACUUGCUACCUCCAGAGCUACCAAAAUAAUUACCCCAGACCGUACUCCUCAGUGGGUGAAUGAUGCGCUCUUUGAUAUAUUGCCCCGUUUGACGCCCAUCCUGGAGAAGGAUAGCUACCGGCGCUUCCUCAGCUUAUUCAGUCGAAAUGGACAGGGCAUGGGAUGGGGCUAUGUCAUCACCCCAGAAACUCUUGACCACAUUAUCAUGCAGAAUGCGGUGCAAUGUGCCAGAGUUGUCUUGAAGGGCCAGGCACCUGAGUUAGAUGGGUUCCGGGCCAAUCCCAACUACAUGACCCAAUAUGGGUACUUCCCCCUCCACCGAGCUGCGGAAAUGUUCUCCGUCGAGAUGAUAGAGUUGCUCUUACGCCAUGGCGCGUCGGCGAAUUUACGAACAGCUGGCCCUGUAGUCACUGAGGGUCUACUCCCUCUCCAUGUUGCAGUUGAGAACACUUGCCUGCAUAAGUAUCUGGAGGACAGUCUACUUAUUGACCAAAAGCACCAGGAUUGCAAUCUGGCAGAUAUAAACUAUGUCUACAGGCUCAUCCAUCUUCUGUGUCUACCUGAACUGAAGAUCUUCAUGGAUACAAUCAGGCUUCUUGCAAAACACACAGAUAAUUUACUUGAUCAGCUCUGUAAUUACAUAAAAGAUGGAAAACUUGCUCAGAUGGCUGUUUUGCUGCUGGCAGCUCAAGAGCAGAUCCGCAUGGGAACUUCCCACAAAAGAAAGGUCAACAGUGAGGUGGACGGGUUUGCUAUGAUCGCUUGUCGUAUUGGGUAUGACAUUGCUUUUCAGUUUGAGACAUGUGAAAACAUAAUGGAUCCGAACCAACUGAUGAAGAUGAAUAUCAAUAGUGUCGCAUUGUCGCUUGUUAAAGUAAUUUCCCAAGCUGGUGAAGCUCUUGAUUCAUACAUUCAGGCACACCCAGAGGUGCCCUAUGUCAUGCAGGUACCCCACUCAGAAGUCCUUGAACGUGUUUCACUGAUUCUGAAGGAACAUGGUUUUUGUCGUACCGGAGGACGUAUAGACAUUGGAGACCUCUGCCCCUAUAAAAAUGUGUUGCCCAAGAAAGAUCUUCCUUUGGCACUUGGGGAGAUGGUUGCAUCAAAGUCAGCUACAGAAGUGAGUAAUCAUGCUGUGGAAAAAGAGGGCCCAAAAAAGAAAAUCGCUAGAGGAUGGGAGCUCAAAUAUGCAAGGAGGAGUUUCUUUCCAUACUGGAGAUCAGUGUUGGAACCCCGGUCUUCUGAGAAGAUGUCUUUCAUAAAACCGGCGCUCACUGUUGAACAGAUCAAUCAUGAUAGAGCUGUCAGUAAAUCAACCGGCAUAGGAUCUACUUUUGGUCGACUGAUGGGCAGAGUUCCGCAGCCAAUAGCUGGUAAUCAACAAACCAGAAGGCUGUUUGGUACAUGGGCAUUAACACUCUUGAAAGCGUUAAAGAACACAUGAGUAGGAAGCAGGGUUUUUUCCUCGGGCAGACUCCGAAAUUUUGGCGGAAACCGUAAAUACCCCCCCCCACCCCCGGCGUAUACCAUUGUUAUUU